GGAGAAAGCGGGGAGCGCGCAGUUUGCACACAAAGCUACGGAGUUCCCAGGCUGCAGGCGUCCUUGCCCCGGGGAACCGCAGCGGGCCAGGAAGCGCCCUGGGCUUUCCGACUGCCCAGCAGCUCUGCUGGUGGCCGGGAGAAGUUAGUCACCCGGAGCCCGAAUCCAAGGAGCGUUAAAGCACGAAGAGGCUGGAGAUUGGAGAGGGAAGAAACAGGGUGCCGGACAGAGGGGAGGAAGCGAAGGGAAUGCGGUGGGUAGGGGAUGCGCGGGACGCUGAGAAGCUCUGGCUGGUGGAUGGAGUUGCACGGUCUGAGAGCGCACCGGUGUGCGAAGGGGGAAAAUUGGCAGCAGGAACUUCCCACCGAGGGCGAGAAAAGCAGGCAAGGAGGAGGCAGGGAGAGACUUGAAACGUCUCAAUAACUUUAAAAAUACACCAAAACACCCGUUCAGGAGAUGAGGAUGGCAUGCCGCUAUAAAUUCAUUGUUCCACCUCCUCGCAUCUUCACAGCGCUCGCGCUGCUCUCGGCGCUCGCAGCGGCCGACUGGGGAUGACGGCGGGUAAGAAGACACCGCAGCCAGAGGGACACACACAAGCCGCUUCGCCACCUCGCCUCAGGCUGCCUGCUGCGUUUUUGUUUUAAUUUUUAUGGCUUUUCCCCCUCUCUUUCUUCCCUUCCUCCUGGUCCCAGCAGAGCCAAGAAAACCCACAAAAUAAGAAAGGAAGUGGGCCCCGGAGCUUGGAACCUCCGCAGCCGGCGAGUCCAGCGCAGCGCGGGGGCGGGAGGCUGCGCGCACCAGUUGCCAGCCGGGUGCGCGGUACCUUCCUUACUUUUCUUGGAGCAGCUAUCGUGUCUGCAUUUGUUGUGUUUCUUUGUUUUUUGUUUUUUUUGGUUUUUUUUCCCCCUUGUUCCCGUAUUUGCUGAAUCUCCACUAUCCGACUUUUUUUUUUUUUUUUAAUAUUUUCUUUCUUUUUUUUCCUCCUCCUCUUUCUGGAGCACAAAUCCAAACAUUUUCCCAAGCAACAAAGAAAAGUUCGCACGCUAGCACCACGGUGGACAGGCUGGCGCUGCCGCCGGCUCCCCUCCCUCCGACACUUGACUCAACCUUGCAAGCAAGUGUGUGUGUGUCCCCAUCCCCCGCCCCGGUAACUUCCUAGCAAACAACAAAUACCCAUAAAGUCCCUGUUGCGCAGCCCCUCCCCGCGGGCAGCGCACUAUGCUGCUCGGGUGGGCGUCCCUGCUGCUGUGCGCUUUCCGCCUGCCCCUGGCCACGGGCGGCCCCGCCGCGGCACCUGCCCAGGAUAAAGCGGGGCAGCCUCCAACUGCUGCAGCAGCUUCCCAGCCCCGCCAGCGGCAGGGGGAGGAGGUGCAGAAGCCGACCGAGCCUCCGGGCCACCCGCACCCCCUGGCGCAGCGGCGCAGGAGCAGGGGGCUGGUGCAGAACAUCGACCAACUCUACUCCGGCGGCGGCAAGGUGGGCUACCUCGUCUACGCGGGCGGCCGGAGGUUCCUCUUGGACCUGGAGCGGGAUGGUUCGGUGGGCACUGCUGGCUUCGUGCCCGAAGGAGGUGGGACGAGUGAGCCCUGGCGCCACCGGAGCCACUGCUUCUACCGGGGCACAGUGGACGGCAGUCCCCGAUCCCUGGCUGUCUUUGACCUCUGUGGGGGUCUCGAUGGCUUCUUCGCUGUCAAGCACGCGCGCUACAUCCUGAAGCCACUGCUGCGCGGACCUUGGGCCGAGGAGACAGGGCGCGUGUACGGGGAUGGGUCCACACGGAUCCUGCAUGUCUACACCCGCGAGGGCUUCAGCUUCGAGGCCCUGCCUCAGCGCGCCAGCUGCGAGACCCCCACGUCCACGCCGGAGCCUCACGAGCAUCCCCCGGCGUACAGCAGUCCGGGCCGACGCACAGCGCCGACCUCACAGCUUUUGGACCAGUCUGCUCUCUCGCCUGCUGGGGGUCCAGGACCGCAGACGUGGUGGCGGCGGCGGCGCCGCUCCAUCUCCCGGGCCCGCCAGGUGGAGCUGCUUCUGGUGGCUGACGCGUCCAUGGCGCGGUUGUAUGGCAGGGGACUGCAGCACUACCUGCUGACCCUGGCCUCCAUUGCCAAUAGGCUGUACAGCCAUGCCAGCAUCGAGAACCACAUCCGCCUGGCGGUGGUGAAGGUGGUGGUGCUGGGCGACAAGGACAAGAGCCUGGAGGUUAGCAAGAAUGCAGCCACCACGCUCAAGAACUUUUGCAAGUGGCAACACCAACACAACCAGCUGGGAGAUGAUCAUGAGGAGCACUACGACGCAGCUAUCCUGUUUACUCGGGAGGAUUUAUGUGGGCAUCAUUCAUGUGACACCCUGGGAAUGGCAGACGUUGGGACCAUAUGUUCUCCAGAGCGCAGCUGUGCUGUGAUUGAAGAUGAUGGCCUCCACGCAGCUUUCACUGUGGCUCACGAAAUCGGACAUCUACUUGGCCUCUCCCAUGAUGAUUCCAAAUUCUGUGAAGAGACCUUUGGUUCCACAGAAGAUAAGCGCUUAAUGUCCUCCAUCCUUACCAGCAUUGAUGCAUCUAAGCCCUGGUCCAAAUGCACUUCAGCCACCAUCACAGAAUUCCUGGAUGAUGGCCAUGGUAACUGUUUGCUGGAUCUACCACGAAAGCAGAUCCUGGGCCCGGAAGAACUCCCGGGACAGACCUAUGAUGCCGCCCAGCAGUGCAACCUGACCUUCGGGCCCGAGUACUCGGUGUGUCCCGGCAUGGAUGUCUGUGCUCGCCUGUGGUGUGCUGUGGUGCGCCAGGGCCAGAUGGUCUGUCUGACCAAGAAGCUGCCUGCCGUGGAAGGGACACCUUGUGGAAAGGGGAGAAUCUGCUUGCAGGGCAAGUGUGUGGACAAAACCAAGAAAAAAUAUUAUUCAACAUCAAGCCAUGGCAACUGGGGAUCUUGGGGAUCCUGGGGCCAGUGUUCUCGCUCAUGUGGGGGAGGAGUGCAGUUUGCCUAUCGCCACUGCAAUAACCCUGCUCCCAGAAACAAUGGACGCUACUGCACAGGGAAGAGGGCCAUCUACCGCUCCUGCAGUCUCACACCCUGCCCACCCAACGGUAAAUCAUUUCGUCAUGAACAGUGUGAGGCCAAAAAUGGCUAUCAGUCGGAUGCAAAGGGAGUGAAAACUUUUGUGGAGUGGGUUCCCAAAUAUGCAGGCGUCCUGCCAGGGGAUGUGUGUAAGCUGACCUGCAGAGCCAAGGGCACUGGCUAUUAUGUGGUGUUUUCUCCAAAGGUGACUGAUGGAACUGAAUGUAGGCCGUACAGUAAUUCAGUCUGUGUCCGGGGAAAGUGUGUGAGAACUGGUUGUGAUGGCAUCAUCGGCUCAAAGCUGCAGUAUGACAAGUGCGGAGUAUGUGGAGGAGACAACUCCAGCUGUACAAAGAUUGUUGGAACCUUCACUAAGAAAAGUAAGGGUUAUACUGACGUGGUGAGGAUUCCUGAAGGAGCCACCCACAUAAAAGUCCGGCAGUUCAAAGCCAAAGAUCAGACUAGAUUCACUGCCUAUUUAGCCCUGAAAAAGAAAAACGGUGAGUACCUAAUCAAUGGAAAGUACAUGAUCUCCACUUCGGAGACUAUCAUUGACAUCAAUGGAACAGUCAUGAACUAUAGUGGUUGGAGCCACAGGGAUGACUUCUUGCAUGGCAUGGGCUACUCUGCCACGAAGGAAAUUCUAAUAGUGCAGAUUCUUGCAACAGACCCCACUAAACCAUUAGACGUCCGUUACAGCUUUUUUGUUCCCAAGAAGUCCGCUCCAAAAGUAAACUCUGUCAGUGGUCAUGGCAGCAAUAAAGUGGGAUCACACACUUCACAGCUACAGUGGGUCACGGGCCCCUGGCUCGCCUGCUCUAGGACCUGUGACACAGGCUGGCACACCAGGACAGUACAGUGCCAGGACGGAAACCGGAAGUUAGCGAAAGGAUGUCCUCUCUCCCAAAGGCCUUCUGCAUUUAAGCAAUGCUUGCUGAAGAAAUGUUAGCCUGUGGUUAUGAUCUUAUGCACGAAGAUAACUGGAGGAUUCAGCACUGAUGCAGCCGUGGUGAACAGGAGGUCUACAGAAUGCACAGAAAGUCAUGCUUCAGUGACAUUGUCAACAGGAGUCCGCUUAUGGGCAGAAUCUGCUCUCUGUGACCAAAAGAGGAUGUGCACUGCUUCAUGUGACAGUGGUGACUUUGCAAUAUAGAAAAACUUGGGAGUUAUCAGACACCCCCUGGGCUUACAAGAAAGAAAGAAACACUGAUGAAUGUAGAAUCAGGGGACAUUUGAAGAUGGCAGAACAGUCUUCCCGUUGUCACCUACCUCUUUAGAAUGUCUUUAACGGCAUCAUAAUCAUUUUUCACCCAUAAUACACAGUAGCUUCUUUUUACUGUUUGUAAGUACAUUCUCCCUUGGUAUGUCACUUUAUAUCCCUUGGUUCUAUUAAAAUACAUAUAUAUAUUUCUAUAAAAAAAAGUGUUUGACCAAAGUAGGUCUGCAGCUAUUUCAACUUCCUUCAGUUUCCAGAAAGAGCUGUGGAUAUUUUACUGGAAAUUAAGAACUUGCUGCUGUUUUAAUAAGAUUUAGUGUAUUUCGUGACUACAGGAGAUAAAAUUUCAGUCAAACAACUAUUUUGACAGCAAGUAUCUUCUGAGAAAUUUUGAAAAGUAAAUAGAUCUCAGUGUAUCUAGUCAUUUGAAUACAUACACGGGUUCAUUUACUUAAACAUUUGACUGCCUGUAUUUUUUUCAGGUAGCUAGCCAAAUUAAUGCAUAAUUUCAGAUAUAGAAGUAGGGUUCAUGUGUGUGUAUGCGUGUGAUCAGUACUCAAGAGUCUAAAAACUAGUUUCCUUGUGUUGGAAAUUUAAAAGGAAAAGAAAUCAUAUUUCACUGUGUUUUCAAUUUGUAUUUUCACAACUAUUUCUUUUUCCAGCAUCUGAUAUCUUACAAUGUAUAAUAUACAUACAAAACACACAGCAAGUUUUCUAUCACGUCCAAUACCUUCAACAUUGGUAUACCUCUUACCAGCAAGCCUUUAAAAUGCGUUUGUGUUCGCUUACUUGUUUUGUUCAAGGGUUUGGUAAGACCUACAAUAUUUUGUACUUCUUGACUUAGUUAUUAGAAACAUUAAAGAUCACUUGGUAGUUAGCCACAUUGAGUAAUGGUUAUCAUUAUUAAUGUGGUUAAUGUAGAAAAGCGGUUAAUAUUAAUAAGACUGUUUCCACACCACAGGCAAUAAUUUCUUAAUUUUUAAAUCUAAGUAUAUUCUGACUGUACUAAAGAUUUUUCCCAACUGGAAAGCACUUGUUUGUACCAGUAAGUGUUUGAGUGAUGAAAUGUGAUGAUUUUCAGGAAGUUGUUUGUUCCCGUAGCCUGUUUAGGUAGGUUGUAAGUAGGUUAUAAAUUUGAAUAGUUAGACAUGGAAAUUAUUUUAUAAACACACAUCUAAAAGUAUAUUUUUAGGUGGUAAAAUGUACACCUCCUCAUCAUCAACCUCACAGCUUAGAAAAAUCUAAGGUGUUUCAUUUCAUUGGGAUUGCUUUUUUUGUAAAAUACUGCAAAGCCGAUUUUUUUUUUAAAAGAAUUCAUUGUAAUCAUACCAAAUGUGCCUGUUAAAGAUUUCAUAUAAAGAUGCUAGGAAACCAUUGUUAGAGGUCCACAAGCUCACGAGAGUUUAUUAUAAGAUACUUUCCAUAUAAAAGAAUUAUGUAACUGAUCACUAUAUCAUAUCAUUUCAGUGGGCCAGGAAAAUAGAUGUCUCACUGUUUUAAGUAUUUUCUUAAGAAAUUGCUUUUUAAACAAAUAAUUGUUUUACAAAACCAAUAAUCAUCCUUUGGAUUUUCAUAGACUGACUUUGCUUUAGACGUGGUCUUUUUUUUUUUUUUUUUUUUUUUUUUGAAAAAGUUUCGCUAUUGUUACCCAGGCUGGAGUGCAAUGGCAUGAUCUCGGCUCACUGCAACCUCCGCUUCCUGGGUUCAGGCAAUUCUCCUGCCUCAGCUUCCUGAGUAGCUGGGAUUACAGGCAUGUGCCCCCAUGCGCAGCUAAUUUUUUGUAUUUUUAGUAGAGACAGGGUUUCACCAUGUUGACCAGAAUGGUCUUAAUCUCUUGACCUCGUGAUCCACCUGCCUCAGCCUCCCAAAGAGCUGGGAUUACAGGCAUGAGCCACCGCGUCUGGCCCAUUUUUUUCUUAAUAAAUUAUCAGUUUGAGAAAUGAGGCCUGUACAAGGCUGACAAUCUAUACCUGCUGGAGAUCACCCAAUGCCAAGGGCAGAAAGCCAACCUAGUCAAAUAAGUAAGAAAAUAAUAAUAAUAACAAUAAUCCCACUGUCAUUUGUCUGUACAAAGAGAAUUAGGAGAGAGGUUAAUGUUACUUUUUUCCAUUUUGGAAAUAAUUUUAAUUGAGUAACUCAAAUGUGACCAAAUCUAUUUUUAUUUUUUGUGGUUAUAUUCCCAACAACAUUAAAAAAUAAUUGAGCCAUAGACAUAGUUGUCUCCUAUUCUGCUUCUCUUACUAUUCUCAUAAAUUUUUAAUAUAUUAAUGAUUUAUGUUUCCCCCAAAUAGUGAUGGUUUGUACUUCUCAUGGAAACAAUCCUAGAGAGCUUAGAGCAAAUAAACCACUAUUCCAUGCAAGUUUUAAGUAGUUUUCUCUACCUUUUCCUUAUGACUCUCACUAGAUCGACUGAGGAAUGUAUGUUUAAAUUCCUGGAGAAGAUGAUAUGGAUUGGAAACUGAAAUUCAAAGAAAUGGAGUGUUCAAUAGAUACAAGAAUUAUGAACAAAGGGAAAAUUCUAUACAACUCAAUCUAAUUCAGACAGACUUUGUACUGUCUUUCAACUUUCUGUUGAUGCAUCUUGAAUUUUUUUAAAAAUGUCUAGAAUUCAGGAUGCUAGGGGCUACUUCUUAAAAAAAAAAAAAAGAAUUUGCCUGAAAAUGCUCAGGUUUGUAAGAAUCUAAUCUCACUUACGUAACUAUGCACUUCGUAAUAAGUUGUAUUAAGUACAAAGGGAGCCAGAAAAAAAUGACAUUCAUUUCCUCCAGAACAAAAAAAUGUAAAUUAAGCCCUGCCUUGCUGUUUAGAAAUAUAGGGGCAGUGUUAUAACAUAUUCAAUAAAGUUAGAUUCUUUUGCCUUCCUGUGGAAACAGUUUUAUCCCACUAAACUAGGAAUUAGGGAUGAAUCACAAAGAAAAAGUUGCAGCACUGAAAAAAGAUAAUUUAUUGUUUUUGCAACUGGUAUGUGAAUUUGUGUGAUAAAAUUAUUUAUUCUUAUUUAACAAAAAAUGUGCAAAUUUUUCGAUAUUUAAAAUGUUUUGCUGUUCUACUUUUUAAUUUAUGCUUCAUGUUUGUGUAUAAAAUACACUUUUACACUUUGUGAGUUUACAUAAUAUACAGCACUGGUUGCUUUUGUAUUUUUUUACAGAAAGCUUUCUGUGUGAAACAGGUGUAUAUGUAUAUAUUCCUCGUGUAUUCUUAUUCUGAUACCAUCAUUAUUCUUUCCUAAGAAAUUUUAAUCUUUCAUGACUAAUAGUGUUCAUUCCUUGUAGCUAUCAUAAUAAGUCUUUUACAUCACACUAACUCUAAUUUUCCCCACUCACAAAUAAGAAAAACACUCAAUGAAACAAGGUGCAAGUUUUAAAUUUGGGUUCACAAAUAGCCUAAAAGCUUCUUGUAGAUGCUAAGACACAGUCAAGAAUCAGAUCCUUUCACUUCAUCGAGGAACUUGGACAAGUUGAUGUUGACAUAUUAGAUGAAAGUUGUGCACACACAACUUCUGAGGGAUACAAAUGAUAAUAAAACCAUGUGUUGUCCUGUUCUGCUUUAGAAACGCCCCCUAAAAUGAACAUCAUUUAGUCUCUAGGGUCUGUAGGAUUCUACAGACAAGCACAAAUAAAUUGGAUGUGUAUAACAGAUGCUAGUAGUUAUAACUGUUUCUACAACUGUGGGGUGUCGAUUAAGAGAAUGAUGUUUUUCUACUACUGUUGAACCCUAUGGAGUGAUUACAGGACUUGAAAUAGGCAGAGCCACCUCUGAUGAUACCAGCUUGCCUCUGUGAUUUCAAAGCCUGAUCCUGGCAAAAAGACAAAGCACCCAGGACACACAGCCAAUCUCUGGUUGUGAUAUUUCCCCAUCGAUUCCAUCCUUGUUAACAAGGUCAUUGUAAUGGUUCAGGUGAGGACAGCAGCCAGAUUCAAAGCCAAGAACUUAUGCUGUUACUUAGAGUUCAUACUUUGUAAAAUAAGAUUAAAUUUAAUAAUGAUCAAAUUGUUCUAAUAGUCUCUGGCAGAGUGUAUAAUCUCGUUGGCAUGAUUGGUGAAUAUUACGAAUCUCUUUAUAAUGAAAUGAUGCUAUACAAAUACCUUAUAUUUGCUAACAUUUCAAAACUACUAGCCAUGUGUACAGAAAUGCUCAUCUAAAGCUUUCAUAGAACCAAAUUCAAGACAAUGUAUCAUUUAGACACACAGAAAAGGAACGUGUGUGCUUUCUCUAUUGUUUUUCUCAUUUGCCAACAAUCUGUAGUUUUAGAUUAUCAAACAGAUAGAUCAACUUAACUGGCUAGUACAUGGAAAAAAAUCUUUCUAAUAACCAUCUAUUAGCAUAAUCUAUCGAGAUGAUUUCUCAAAUUAUAUCAUCAUGAUGCAUAUCAACUCUAUAAUGCAUAAUUGUUCCAUUUAUUUAAUGUAUGAGAACAUAUUGAAAUAUAAAACCAUGUAUUAGUCAAAAAAAUGGAAUACAGGUGGUGUUCAGAUCAGCAAAACAUUCAUUCUGGCAAAUGCCUGCUGGGGGUCAUGAUAUCAUUCUUAAUGCAGGUUUUAUGGGAAAACUAAAGGAAUAUGUUAUUAGAUGAUGUCAGUUUUGAAAAAAAUAAGACAUUAACAUACACAUUAGCCCAGUUAAUUGCAUCCUACUAAUAUACUUGCACUUUAGCAAUAAUGUUGCUGUCUCUGGUCCUUAUUUUGUGGCUCCAACUAACUAGAUCAUGUGGACCGCAAAGGCCCGAAGAAAAAAUAAGUAAUGGCUCAUCAUCCUACAAUGCACUGCCACAUCAAUGUGACCUAAAAGUCUAACACUGUGAGGAAAACUGUGAUUUGUAGGAAGAAAAACAAAAAAAACAGGGCAUGUUUUUUAACUUUUUUUUCCACUUUCCUUUGGCACAUCCAAUGAAAAAUUGUAAUUUUUACUGAGGUGCUAACAUCUUUCGUGACCAAAUGUCAAAUGCGGUAUUUCUGAGUUACUAUUUUUCUACAUGAUUUUCCAGUUUGCAAGGAAGACCUCUAAGCUUUUUGUCAGGGUAGGGCACAACUUGAUACUCAAAGUUUGGAAAAUAAGCCCAUCCGAUGAUUGUUUUAACCAACAGUGGUCAGUGACAAACUGUAUGUGCAUCUGAGGACAUUUAAGGGGUUAUUAAAACUUGAAGAGCAUCAGGCCAGAGUAGCAGACUUUUCGAUGAGUCAUAUUUCAGCACUCACUAAGUCCUCAGCCUUUGAUGUAAACUUUCACGUAUAUUUGCCCUGAUUUUUUUUACAAGCUUUGCAAUAGUUUAGGAUAAUAGCAAACACUUGGUGACUAUAUCUCAGCCUUUUCCUUAACAACUCACAAUAUGUUAGGAACAUGUCUACCUAUACUAAGAAUAUAUUUACAAUAGAAGACCACACUGUGUGACUUUGUAAAGCUAGACUUGAUUAAGAAAUAUAUAGUCUCUGGAUGGUAUUUUUGCAUUACACACUCAGGCACGACAUAAACGUAGAUGGUUCAUCUUGCUACAAUUAGGAGUUGACAAACACUACUUACACAUUUGUAUGACCUAUUAGUCAGAGGAAAUCAUACCCAUGCUUUGUAAAUAGACUUUGCAGAUAACUAAAUAGAUUGAAAUGUGUUGCAUUUGAUAGAAGCAAUGGCACAAAUAUUUGGUUUCCAUAUUAGAAUCUGUGAGUAAAGUCAAGUAAUAAACCUAAGUAAGUAUAAUUGAGAUUUUUAAACCUUGAAACUUGCUUUGAUGGUAGAGAAAAUCAUUGAAGAUUUACAUACUGUAUAUAAGAUGUAAAUUGUAAGCUGCUUAUUACCCUCAGUUUUUCAGAAGCAAUGGCAUAUACUGCAGUUGAAAAACCAAAAAUCUUGGAAAACUUUAAACUUUAAGACGGGUCUUGUUUAAAGUGUCUCUCAGCUUUGGCAACCUUCAAAUCUUAAUCAGCUAUUUAAAGCAUUACUGUGUCUUGUGGCCUCCAUUCCACAACAGCUCUGUUAUUCAGGUAAACCACUUGAACUGAGCCGUUUGGGACCUAUACUGUAAUAUUUUUCAUUGAGGAACAAUAUCCUAUUUUGUAAAGCAUUUCCCCAUGUGUGACUUUAAACUGUAAAAUUAAACAUUAUUUUUGUGGUUUCAGUGGGCAUAAUAAAUAUAAAUUGUAAACUA